GACGCUGUGAUUCACUGGGCUGCAGAUUUCUUAGCAAAUGGUCUGUGAAGAAUGCCAUCUCACACGAAUAUUCAAGAAUCAUGUUGGAAAGUUUGUGUGCUGCCCUGUAGAAAAAGGAGCUGGAUUGUGUUGAAAAAUGCCCAUGGGUCAUAAAUUCUCAGCUGCCACCAUCAUGCUCCAGAUAUGCGUGACAUUCUGUUUCCUGUCAGCUGUCUUCCCCCAGUCAACAUAUUCCCCGUUCAAGAAAGGUCGCAACAUCACCGUCCACUCCUCCCAGCUGGUCUGCAGUCUGCCAGGUCCACAGGGGCCUGCGGGGAACCCCGGAGCCCCUGGAUCAACAGGGACCAUGGGGCCCAUGGGUGCCCCGGGGCAGGAUGGCCUUGAUGGGAAGGAUGGGGACAAGGGAGUAAAGGGCGAGAGAGGUGAGCCGGGGAGGCCUGGGAAUCAGGGGAAACCGGGUGUCAAAGGUCGUGAGGGUGUGAUUGGUAAAGCCGGACCUCGGGGACUGAAGGGCCUUCGGGGGCCACCAGGAGUGACUGGAACAAGAGGACAAAAGGGUGACGUGGGUGACAGGGGUGAGGAGGGAGCUCCAGGAGGCUGUAACUGUGGCAAGGCAGCCCGCUCAGCCUUCUCUGUGGCGGUGACCCAGAGCUACCCUAAAGAGCGUCUGCCCAUCCGCUUCAGCCGCAUCCUGCUGAAUGAGGGGAACCACUACAACGCCAGCAGCGGGAAGUUUGUUUGCGCCAUCCCCGGCGUCUAUUACUUCACCUAUGAUAUAACACUAGCCAAUAAGCACCUGGCCAUCGGACUGGUCCACAACGGCCAGUACAAGAUCAAGACAUUCGAUGCGAACACGGGGAACCACGACGUGGCGUCUGGUUCCACUGUUCUGCACCUGCAGCGUGCAGACCAGGUCUGGCUGCAGAUCUUCUACUCGGAGCAGAACGGGCUGUUCUUCGACCCGUUCUGGACGGACAGCACCUUCACUGGCUUCCUUAUCUUCGCUGACCAGGACUACCUAGACAAGGCUGACGAGAAAGCUAAUGCUGGAGCUGAUAGCUAAUACCUACAUCCAGAUUUAUGUUUGUUUUUGUUUUCAUAAAUGACUUUCUUGUGUACAGGACAUGAAUCAGUUAUGAAAUUGAAAUGUAUAUUGCAGUAUAUAUAUAUUUUUUAUACACAUACAGCAUUGCACAUGUAUAGCUUCACCCAACAUCAGAGGCCUCUACACUGUAAUUGCAGUGUGUUUCAAGUUCUGACACCAGGUGGCACACAAGGAAAUGAAA